AGAACACAGACGCCUAUCACCUGUGCCCCGCCCUGCUCCGGAAAGCCGAAGACUUAUAGAGGAGGCCCUAGCCUUUCUAAGCAGCCCUUCGGGGGUCUGGGCGGGAAGGGAGGGGAGGAGCCGUGACCCCUGCGGGCUUCCCGUGCUUAGAGCCCUGCCCAAUCUUCCGGUUUGGUGACUUAGCUUCUUCUAGUGAAGAAGAGAACCAUUUUGGACCCGAGGCGUCUCUGCUUUUGGCAGCACCCACUGGGUUCACCUAUCAACUUUAUCCAAAAGGAGCUAUCCCGGACACCCCGCCCCCCUUCCCCUGCAUUUCUCCCUUUACCUCUCCCUUCAGGAAGUCAACCCUAGCUCAUUAACUGUCGGGAAAGUCGCUGCUCUGUUAGUUUCUCUGUAGGAAAACAACUUCUGCUUUUGCCAUCUUCAGAAAACGAAAGACAUUGGAUCGAUGGAAGGUUCUUGAUAGGAAAGGAGACACACUGUGAUUUGUUUUUAUUUGCUUGCCUGUUUGCAGGGAAGGAAGGAAAAAAAAAAGUGAAAAUCUCCUUCAUGAUGGGUGAGACAGUCUCCAGGUUUGGCUCCCAGGACAGUGAGAGCAAAUCUAUCCUGUCCCAGGAUCCAGGUGUUCGGAGUGAAGCCUCCAGCUAUUCUAGCAUCGAUGGCAGCCAGUCCAUUUUGACCUGUGUGCCUUGUACAGGCUCAGGCUUUGUGACCUGCCCCACUUGCCAGGGGAAAGGGGAGAUCCCAAGCGAGCAGGAAAAGCAGCUGGUGGCACUCAUUCCCUACGGGGAUCAGAGGCUGAAACCCAGGCGAACGAAGCUCUAUGUUUCCCUGGCUGUGAUGAUAUGCCUGUUCACAUCAGCCCUCAUAUUCUUCUUCCUGUUCCCUCGAUCCAUCCUGGUCCAGCCUGCUGGGCUCAACUCUUCUGGUGUGGCCUUUGUGGAUGGCAUCAUCUUGCUCAACACAACGAACGUCCUCAACAUUACCAACAACAACUACUACCCCAUCACUGUGACCCAGCUCAACAUCGAGGUCCUCCACUUGUCGCUCGUUGUGGGGCAGAUUAAAGUGAGCCACCUUUUGCACAUUGGUCCUUUGGACAGUGAACAGAUGUUCUUUGCAGUAACCAGCAAGAUAUCUGAUGAAAACACAUAUAAUAUCUGUAGCUGGAUGAAAAUCAAAGUCCAUAAUGUACUUCUGCACACACAGGGCACCCUGACCUGCUCCUACCUGAGCCACACAGAACAGCUGGCGUUCCAGAGCUACAACUAUGUGGAUUGUCGGGGGAACAAAUCACUCCCUCAUCCGCCGUGAUGUUGCCCGCUGCCCACAGCUCCCUGCUCUCCCAUCUUCCUGUUAUUGCCUUCAUCCACCAAAGGACUGGAUUCCAUUGAUUAUUUUUUUUUGCCUGUAUGUGAACCUAGCUUUUUUCUUCCUUCCCUACCCCCUGGAGGCAGUGCCAGAAGCCCCUAACUGUGAUUCUAACCUCUCUAGAGGAUCUCUCACCAGGCAGAGUCCUCAGGAGAAAAGCUGGCCUCUGGGACUCUCUAAAUCGGGCCUGUCCUGGUGGCCACUCCUCAUCCUACCCAGCCACAAUAAAACAGGUUCUGUCUUUCACACACUUAAACCAAAAUUCUGCACUAAGAGGAUAACUCACAAGAAUGGUUAGAUUUCUCCUUAACUACAUGUAGACGUGGUUGUGGUUUGAUGCAAAAAAAGGUUUUUUUUAAAGCAUGUGCACUUUCUUUGCUCCUUCCUCCUGAGUGGAAGGAAGGACUUUCUGUCCAAUAUACCUCAGAUUGUGGAGAAGGAAGGAGCCCUUCUUGUUUGUGGUGGAAUCAUGUAUGUGCCUAUUAAGAAAUCCUUUGUAAUGGAUCUUGGGAAAAUCUAGUGAGGCAUUCGUAGUUUUGUUGGGCCUUGUUGGAGGCCCCAGGAAUUUCUUACUGUUAACCUGUGUCCCUGUGGUGAACCUGAGCACUGAAUCAUGUGAGAGGAUUAUACAGAGGGUGAAGCCAGAAGACCUGUCUCUUCCUGGUACUUUGUACUCUGCCAUUGAAGGGGGAGAGCUGGAAGUCCAAAGGGCCAGCCAGCUCCUCACUGCCCAGGAUCUCUCCCCCAAGAGUUCUCUUUCUACUUCAGUAGACACUCCUCUCCCCUGCUUUGGAAAAAUUAGCCUCAUUCACUCCUACGAAGCAGGUGAUAAAAGAGCCAGUCAGGAAGACCCCCCGGGUCUCCCCAAAGUACAGGAAAGACACAGCCUUCACAGCUCUGGAACUAAUGCUGAAGCCACUUUCAGAAGCCCUUAUGAAGGGGAGACCUCCCCGAUGAGGCAAGCAGGCAGGUGUGCAGGCUCCUUGGAGGCUUUCCCUUUGUUCUGUUUGGGGCCUAAUCUCAGAGGGAGAGAUGGGAGUGUGACUGUCACUGGCUAGCCUCGGCCUGUCCUGCACUGGCCAGAGAAGGGAGGAUGGGGGGAUCCCUCUUCCUAGCACUUCAAAAUGGAUUUGUAGGAGACCGUGAGGCUGGGCUGAAGGAGCUGUUGAACAUAGGCCUUCCCUGCUCAGGGCUGCCUUUGGGGAUCCGCUUUUCCAGAGGCUCUUUGACAUAAAGUUGGGGGCUGGGGAAGUUGGGGGGAAUGGGCUUCAGCUCACCCUUUUCUCCUUUCUGUUGUGAAGCCAGAACUAAGCCUAAAAUAAACUUCCAAAGUCUGUACAUCAA